UGUUAUAAAUACAGGUUUGUUGGUGGGCAACACAGAAACCAAGCCUUCCAGUGAGACAUGAAGGAGCCUGUUUGUCCACUUGGAAAUACUCUAAGUGGAUGCUUCCUUGGCAUUGGGAAUCCUGACUUUCCAAUAGGAAAUAGAACAAAAUGGCCAGAGACAAUCGUACUACAGUGACAGAAUUUGUUCUCAUGGGAUUCACAGACCGCCCUGAGCUUCAGCUUCCACUCUUUGUGGUAUUCCUGUUGAUUUAUCUCAUCACCCUGCUCGGAAACCUUGGCAUGAUACUGCUCAUCAAGGUGGAUUCCAGGCUCCACACUCCCAUGUACUAUUUCCUUAGACAUCUGGCAUUCAUUGACAUUUGUUACUCAUCUUCCAUUGGGCCCAAAAUGCUGCAAAAUUUAUUGGUGAAGAAAAAAACCAUCUCCUUUUUGGGCUGUUUUGCCCAGCUGUACUUCUCCAGUGCCUUUGCCACUACUGAAUGCUUCCUCUUGGCCACAAUGGCCUAUGACCGCUACAUGGCUAUCUGCAAUCCCCUGAUUUACUCAGCCAUUAUGACUCGGCGGGUCUGCAAGGAGUUGGUGGUAGGGGUCUACACCUAUGGCUUCCUAAACUCUGUGAUGCAGACAAUUCUGACUUUCCAGUUGUCUUUCUGCGACUCGAACGUCAUCCACCAUUUCUACUGUGCCGACCCCCCUCUCCUUGCCCUCUCUUGCUCAGACACCCGCAACAAAGAAAAGCAGCUCUUGAUCUUCUCAACAGUCAACCUCACUGGGUCCCUCCUGACUGUCCUCAUCUCCUACAUUUGCAUCCUCUCUUCCAUCAUAAAAAUCCAGUCUUCUGAAGGCAAGUGCAAAGCAUUUUCUACCUGUGCCUCUCACCUCACUGUGGUCACCAUCUUCUAUGGAACAUUGUUUUUCAUGUACCUGCGGCAACCUAAAGCAAGGAAUUCACGGAAGUACAACAAAGUGGUCUCUGUGUUUUAUAGUCUUGUGAUUCCCAUGCUCAACCCCCUAAUCUAUAGCCUGCGGAACACAGAAGUAAAGGACAGCCUGAAAAAGAUGAUAGAGGGCAAAGGGUUACAGUGAGUGAGUUCUCAGAAUCUACCAUUGGGAAAGUAGGAUAACCUGACAUGGUGUGAACACUGUGAUUGAAAUUCAACAGGCCAGUUGUUAUCUAAUCAGGAAGCAAACUGUCAAUCCCAUUGGGAUAUUUUAAUGACCAAAAAGUACUAGGCCACUCGUUUGACAUGGUAAUGUUUAGUCCAGGCAAUUAUCAUAGACUAAUCAGAAUUUAUAAGCUAGAGUGCUGAUAACUAUGUCCUUCAUAUGUUGAAAAUGAAAUGACUUACUCCAAGUUAGGUAAUAAUAUGUGCUCCAAAAUAAAAAAAUAUUUUUAAAAGCAACCUUCUGGGUGAAACUGUAAAUUAAUGAAGCUGGGUACCAAACCCACACAUGAGUAUCUAUAUUGUUAGAAACGUUUUUCAGCUUGAAACAGACUAUGUAGUAGCAAAUCAUUUGUUAUUCUUAAAAACAUACUGCUAUGGCUAGUGGUUAAA